CAUUCCCAUACUAUAAUGAUCUAUUUGCUCUAUAUGAUGGGCGCUAUGCUCAAGGAAGGAGUUGUCGUGGCAUGGAUUAUUAUGCAAACAAGGCCAGAGAACUCUCUCAGGUCACUACAUCAUAUUCGCAACAGUUGGAAGGUCCCGAGGAGCAUCAUCGCUCACCUACACCGAACUUACCUGCUCCUAUGGAAUCGUGCAUGCAUAUUGAUACUGAAGAGGACAAUGGAAGCACUAAUUGGUUCUGCACCGAUGAUCCAUUACACCUAGAAGCUGUGAACUCAACUCAAGUGAAAGAUUCUGCAUUACAUGUUCAAUCAGAAGAUGCAAUACCAACACCAUUUUCUUCAAAGCAAACCCCACAUAUGUCGAUGGAACUUCCAGAAGACAUACGUAGAAAUUGUCAACCAUCUCAUUCUGCUCCUGAGCUUACUAGUGCUAAGAGGGGGAAAAGACAGAAGACUAAUUCUAGUAUUGAUGAUUUCCACGAGAGGUACCUGAGCCUCAAAAGAGAAGAGAUGGAACGGUUUGCAGCCAUCGAGGAGAGGAAAUUGGAGGAUCCCUAUAGCAUACAAAAAUGCAUUGCUGCACUUGAGGGGUUGCCGGAUUUACAAAUGGGAGAUAUACUAAAAGCAGCUGACCUCUUCACCAACAACAAGGACAACAGGGAAGUCUUCCUCUCAUUUUCAACUGAUGCAUUACGACUGGGCUGGUUAAGAAAUAAAAUUCAAAACACCUAGUGUACUAGCUAUGGGAAUAUGCCCCUUGGAGAAUGCUUUUGUGUUAAUUACAAAAGUGGCUUUUGUAUGUUGCUGUAGGCACUUGUACUGCUGAGUUAAUGGUACCAAAUUAUCAUGUAGU